UAGUAAAGAGGUCAAUAACAUCGUACGAUAGGAUAAGUGUAUCUUUAGGGAGGUCUCUAAGUUUUUCGCAGAAAUCUUUAGAAUCUUUGAUAAAGGAUGCAGCUUCAUUGCCUAAUGGGGAAAGAAGGUUUGACAGCUAUCAUCAUUUAUACGUUUCUUGUAUCAGGUAUUUGUACAGCACAGAUUAAAAGGUCGCAAACAGGGGAUACCCAUUUUUUAGCUGUUAACUGCUCCCCAUCUUUGCAAGCCGGAUACACCACUCUAUACAAUAUACAGAUGAUAAAAGUUUCCUUUGAAAACAACAAAACAACAAUAUUAGCAACUAUUGAUGAUGCCGGAAACGUUGUCGGACCGCAGGAUGUAUCAUUUAAUGAUACUGUGACUGGCCAUUUCAAUAAUUCGUCACCAGAGCAGUCUUACGUAAAUAUUGAAGUAAAGGACCCUAGCUGUGAGGAUGAUGGAAGAUAUGUUUGUAAGACAGUUGGAGUGACGAACCGAGGAGUCGUAACUCUUGAAGACGAGAAAAAUAUAAUUAUACAAAGCAGCCCAGGUGAUAUAAAACUAGUAACCAUCCCAAGUAAGGAUAAAUACAACAUCAACGACACCAUUGAUCUGAUUUGCAGUGGUAACCUUGGAAACCCUAAACGGGCGUUGUCCUGGGAAACGAAAUUACCCGAUGAGUCAGUGUGGAAGCCUUACCAAUUUUAUUCUACAAGUGUAGCUCAGAGAAAUUCCUCACAAUGCACUUAUGUUGGAAAAAGUAUCUUGAACUACACAGUACAAGUGACUGAUCAUGGGUUAUCCUUUAGGUGUCUUGUUGGAGGUUCUGAAUCCUAUAGUGUGAACACCACUAUAAUACUGGAUGAUAAACUAGAAGUAGAUCUAGAAAUCCUACCAUCUCAAGACCUUGGAGCUGGUUUUAAGAAUCUCUCAAUGCGGUGCUUCCCAUCUGUUGUCACUAAUAUCACCGGGGUUAAAACUCUUGAAAGUCUUCAGAUCUUUAAACGAUCAGGAGGUGCUGAAUUCAUAAUCGCUACCAUAUCUUCAAAGGGGAUUCGGCCCGGCGUGGGAAUAACGUCUCCUAAAUUUACCAUCAGUGGCGGCUUUAUCUCAACUUCACCACUCGUGUCUUACCUUCAAGUUGCCAUCAAUGACCCCGAUUGCAAUGAUGAAGCUGAAUAUCAAUGCUGGACAAACUACCUGCAAGUUGAAAAAAGCCCACAAGAUAAAAAGAACGUAACAGUUGAUAGCAACCCAGGGAAUCUCAAAUUGUCCGUUAUUCCGGACGGACCUUUAUAUCUUGUGAAUACUAAACUAACUAUUAAAUGCAGUGGAAACAGUGGUGAUCCACAAAAAGAUUGGUUCUGGCAAAUUAGCCGAAUUAAUACAAAUAACUGGCUUCCAUACCAAAAUAAGGAUGACAUCUCUAGCGGUGACAUAACACCGCCUUCCAUUGGCCAAUGUGGGAACAUUACAAGUAGUACUCUAACGUUUACAGUCAAAUAUGGUGAUGAUGGGCUACAGUUCAGAUGUAUCAUAGGGCGAGAAUAUGCAUACAUGCGUAAUGUUACCAUUUAUCUUACAGAGACAACGAAUACAACUACUACUACUGGACCUGUUGGCACAAAAGAUACCACAGAUAAAGAAGGACCUAAUAGAAAUAUAAUAAUAGCCACGUAUAUCCUUGGAUCCCUAGUAGUAAUAGUGGUAAUUGUCCUGGUUUUAGUAAUAAUAUAUUACCGACGACGAGUUCAAGCCAAAACCACAGAUAACCCUGAACUAUCAUCGACUCAAAACCAAACUGGAAAUCGCAGGAAUGACACACAACACGAUAAUAGAGGUUAUUUAGCCGCUAUUCAUCUAGAUAACAGAUCACAAAACCAUCCAGAUAAUGACAAUGAAAGCGAUGAUAGAAGUUAUGAACCCGUUGAUCAACGGCCAUCCGGCCAUCCCACAACCCAGUAUUCAGAUACAUCUUAUAUUAGUAUGUAUAAUAACAUCAUUAAUUGAUAGGAAACCCAGAAAACAACAACGGGGUCUGAUAUGACGAAUCUUCUAUUUAUGGCGUCUUAAGAUCUAGAUUUGAUUUAUUAUAUCAGUUCAAUAUCCAAGAUCUAGGUCUAGAGAUGUAAAGUAACGAUGCGUCAUUGGCAUUUGUCUCUAAAAUAUUCAAUUCCAAACACCUUAGGUCAUAUUGAGACUAACAUGUUAAGUUAAAUUUCAAUGGUUAUGUGUGCAAUGCGAAGGGGAUAAUUUUCCCCAGACAGCAACGUUUCCGUGUCCGCUCUUUUCGAAUUAAACCUUACAGGUUUCUUUUUUACAAGCACGCCUAUUUUGUUUUCACGUUCGGACGACUAUGCGCUAUCCUUCUUGUCAGCCCCGCCUGUGCCACCCUAUGCGGGUUUUCAGAAAGGUUCGACUACUGCAAUGCUGGUAAACAUGAUUAUUUUUGAUUCUUUUGCGCUUUGUGACUAUAGCUAAAUCUGCUUUUUGCAGGUCUUUCAUUUGGUUUCAAAUGUUAUAUACACUGUUAUUCAGACAUUUAUUCACAAGAAAAGCCAAUAAUCAACUCUCUAGAACAUCAGAUGGCCGAGAUUUAAACGGAUUGAAACACGAUAGCUAGUUAAUGAUUUAAAUUAAAAAUGGUGAAUUGAGGCUUAGUCACAAUAAACAAUUGCCGUUGUUACGAUAAUAAACAACCUAUGCCACAUAUUUUCAAAACUUCAAACAAUGAUAACUUCGCGCAGAACUAAUAUGAACGAAAUUUUCAAUAUAUUCAUUUUCCAUUAUCUGCAAUCUGAUUAAAACACGGAUCCUAUUUCGUUUCGUUUUUAUAGUUCAAAAUUUCGCUUAACUUGUCUUUACUACACUAGGAUCUGGAAGAGUUGUUAUAUUAUCGGCGUUCUGGUUGAAGUGAGGGAUUAGCCAAUGAAACGGUUUGUUACGCCGAAUUCUUGGCGUGCGAUGUACGGAACUGGGGGUAAACCACUAGAAACGUUAACGCUGAUUGAUUAAUCAAUAUCGGACGUCAUAGGUCAAAAGCCGCUCGUACGACCCCUGACGCGACCUUCCAGUACAACCGGUCAGAUCUUCAUGUAGUGUAGGCCAUCGAAAGUAUAAAAGAACGAAACGAAAUAUAGAUCUGUAUUUUAAUCAGAUUGCAUUGAAGUAUAGAUCAUGCAAACUUACAUAACUCUCAACUAAUGCUUUGAUAAAAUAUAUUUUUAUUUUGAUUUAGAUACGAGGAAGAAUUGAAGAUACCUUUUCAUACAAAAAAACACAGAUGAAAAGAUACAAAUAAGUUAAUUCCGUAUACUCUUAUUUGCUCGACUGGUUUAAAAUAAUAUUAUUCCCACUUAUUCUACUCGGACUUGGUCAAUCAGGGUAUAGUCUAUUUCCUGUUCGGGAUGGCAUCAGAUCGGUGGGGAGAUAAUGUUGGACGGGGAGGACAUCAGGCAGGUGGGGAGAUAAUUGAUACAUAAUAUUAGAGCAACUGCGAUUAAUAGCUAUGGGUUGGAGGUAUAAUUAGUCACAUGUAUAAAAAAUUACAAUGCAGAAUCUUUAGAUAGUGAAUAGAAUAUUUUAUUAAUCAUAGUAUGAUUACUGACCCAAUACUUUAUGUAUCUAGAAAAUUACAUAAAGGAACUAAUAGAUAGUAAAGGAGAAAUACUAACAGAUUGUUCGAUUAUUCAUGAAUGCGCAGCUUUUUAUAAAUCGCUAUAUACAAAAGAUGUAAAAUAAAAUUUAGAUGAAAUUAAUAAUGUAUGUAAAAAGAUAAAUAGAACCCUGUCAGAGUAGGGUAGAGAUUUUUGUGACAGAUAUAUUACACUUGCAAUUGGGGAACUUACGAAAGCCCUUAAAGCAUUGUCUAAAAGGAGGAGCCCAGGUUUACAGGACUGGCAUUUUUUUAUACAACCAUUUGAAAGUUGGAGACCUUGUUCCCAUCAAUGCGAAAAUUUAUGAUAUGGUCAUUUAUAAGGAUAAGGGAGAUAAGCGACAGUUAAAAAAAAAUUCCAACCCAUAUCCCUGUUUCAGACAGAUUAUACGGUAUUAUCCAGGUUUCGAACAAUAAUACGUAUUGCAAGUAUAAUGGACUUUGAAAACAAGUAUGGAUUUGUUCUAAAACUUGAUGCAGAAAAAGCUUUGAUAGAGUUAGACAGGUUGUCAACAUUUGAGAAAAUUGGCUAGAUAAUCCGGUCUUUCACAUUAUCAUAAACAGUGUCUAAGGGAGGUAACUCCUCUUAAAACAAGAUGUUUACGCCCAUGAAAUUAAUUUAAGAAUGUCAUUUCAAAAAAUCCAUUUGAUUGCAUGCCAGCUCAAUAUCUAACACUCUUAAUUUUUUAUUGUAAAUUUCUCUCUUCAUGGGCCAUAUCUAUGCUUUUAAAAUUAAUCCUAACUCGUCGUCACGAUUCAUGUUUGUUUAUAUUAAUGCAAGAAUUAUGGGAUUUAUUGUUGGAAGGGGCGCAACUCUUACUUGACUUGGCUAAAAUGACUGGAUAAUCAACCACAUUAAAAACCAAACUCCCGGUUACGCAUGGGCAAUGGACUUUACGUCAAAUAUUGACAACUGUCCGAGACCCUCCGUAUGUUGAAGACUAGGGGGUUCUGGGUGACCGAGACUAUGAUAGAGUGAGUCACAACCAUCUUUUUACUGUAUUGGAGUAUUUUUGGUUUGGUGACAUAUUUAUAUCAUGAAUUAAGAUUCUAUUUAGUAAUUUAAAGGGUAAUGGUUAUUUGACUCCCUUCUUUGACUAGUCAAGGGGAAUAAAACAGGGAUGUCCGAUUAUGAGAUCGCCGGGCCCUGAGGCAGCGUAUCUGCCGGGCCCCAGUUUCAAGAUGACACCCUAGGGGGCCCCGGUUGGUUCUCUCCUUAGGAAGAAAUAUUUUGAAAUUUCCACCUGAAAUACUUACUUAGUUCUAUGGAAAGAUUUCUGAUAUAAACUUCCCGGUGCCAACGUGGAAUUGUUGAUGUAAUUUUUUUCUGAUCAAUGCCCCUUGGAGGCCCCCCCUACCUAAUAUUUUCAAAACUUUGUUUCACGAUUUUUGGGAAAUGUGUCUUCAUUAUUUUUUUUCUACAAAAUAUUAAAAGAAAAAAUAUUUUUUGUUACCAAAUCAUCGGGCCCUCUAUUGCCCUCGCCAUGAUCCGUCACUGUGUCCGAUAUCAGUCAUGCUAUAUGCAUGGACAGGAGAAACACUCAGUAUUACCGGUAUUAUAAAACAAUGUCCUCUUACAGAUAUUAGUAUUAGAGGUUGUGAGGGGGUUUCACUGAUAUACCAACACGCAGAUGAUACAACUAACUCUCUCGAAUGAAAAUUCAGGAAAUAGUGUUUUUGAAAUUAUUGAAUCCUCUGGCAUAGCAUCAGGAUUAAAAAUGAGUGUUGAAAAGUCGAAAUAAUGUCUGUUGGUAAAUCAGUUAAUAUUGUAUAUAGCUUUAAUCCCUAGUUUUAGAUAAAUUAUAUUUUCUUCUGGCAGUUCUGCCAAUACCCCCAGAUAUUGAAAUUGAAAUAAGUAUGGCUACACGUAACUUCCUUUGGGACGGUAAACGUCCCGUAUAAAACAAACGUCGGCUAUUGGGAAUAAGUGCGAGGGAGGACCGAGCUCUCCUGAUCGUAACUUCAACAUGUAAAUCUUGAUAAAGAUGUUUUAAAAGUACUGUAUACCAAAUAGUUAUUUAUUGAAGCAUUUAUUAGAUUUUAAAAAAAAAAUUAUUAGAAUCUUGGGAUAAUUUAAACAAAGGUCCUUUCCUCCAGAUUCAAUAGUAAAUACAGCUAUACGACCGUUGUUUAACAAUAAAUAGUAUUAAGUAUAAUAAUAAACCCCUAAACAUUGAUGCGUUCACUAUUUCUGGCAUUAGACUGAUGGCGGACAAUUUACAUAAUAAUAAGCCUGGUUUUGUAUUACCAAUUUAAUCAAGUCUAAAACCCUAAACGCAGGUAUAGCACGAUUGUUAGAAACUAUCAAUUAAUAAAAUCAAGUAUUCCCCAAUCAUGGGUAAGAGUAAUUUAAACAAAAUUGAAUAUAACAACAAUGUCUUCUCGAAAAAUUUAAAAUGACGAUCAGCGAUAUUAAUUACUUAUUGUCCAUUUAUUAAGAUUUUAUCUUUUUUAAAUUAUUUUUUCUUAUAUUUAUUAUGAUAUUUGUUAUUUAAAUUAAUAAUUGGACAUAGUGAUAUUUUUUAUAUAUUUCUAUUUAUAUAUAGAUUAAUGAUUCUCUCAAUUUAUUGUAUUAGUCCAGUCUGGGCAGAACAGUAGGGCGUUAAACCCCAUUCCAUUUCAUUUUAUUUUAUUUACUGUACAUAAUGAUAUAUAAUCUCUACAUAUUUUGAUUAAUUUUGUAAUAAACAAUGUUAUUUUUCA